AUGAACAACUCUUGCAGUCCCUUCCUUGGUCCAAGCGGUUCUUGUUCUCUCCGUAAUCUUGCCUCGUACGCCAUCAGGGUGACCUGCGCCGACGAUGUGAUUGCAGGCGUAGGAUUUGCCCAAACCAACAACGUCCGCCUCAUGAUCAAGAAUACCGGCCAUGACUUCCUUGGUCGAUCUGUUGGCGAAGAAUCCUUGGCUCUGUGGACGCACAACCUCAAGCAGACGACAUUUGUCAGCUACAAGUCCUCGCAGUACACUGGACCAGCAUUCCGUGUAGGUGCAGGCAUCACAAAUGCGGAGCUGUACGCUACUGCUGGUGCCAAAGGCUACCGAGCGGUCGGUGGACCGUGUCCCACUGUCGGUGCAACCGGAGGAUAUGCCCAAGGAGGCGGUCACGAUCCGCCCGGUGCAAAGUUUGGGCUGGGCUCUGAUCAGGUCCUCGAAUAG